AUGAACGAACAAGAACAUGUCGUGCCUUCGGGCCAGCACUAUUCGGGAACCAACAGAAUUCCCAACAUCAAGGAGUUCAUGGACAGUCUUGACAGGGACAAGACGAAGCGAGAUGCCGAGAUCGACGCCAAUCUCAAAAAGAACAACAAGACCGAAGGUGAAGUUUCGGACCACAAGGUCCCUCCUCAAAAGAGCGGCAAAAACCGGCGCACCGUCAGAGACCCCGUCACCGGAAAGGAUGUCGAGAUCGAGGAUAUCGACUCGUCUUUCGUGAAGACAGUCAAGAACCCCCAGUUAUCAGUACCGAACGCCAACCUUGGCAAGGAUACUCCUGUGAAGACGGAAGCCACACAGUCGGGUGAAGAAUACCGCAAGAACCAAGACAUCACUGCCCCGCCCGAUCCCAUCGUACCAGGCAGCACGAGCGAUGUGCCUAUUCACGGCGAGAAGACCAACGUUCUCUUCCACCCCACCCCCUCGGUCAGCUUUGAGCCCAUGUUCGCAGCCAUGGAAGCCCGGGCCAACGUACUCUGUGCCGGCAUAUUCAUUGCCAUCAUAUUUAUUGGUAAGAUGUUUGGAGGCAGGCUCCUCGGACUGAUCCCUCUUGCGGUCUGCGUCGCUUCCGGCGUCUUCCUCUGGAUGAAGGACGCCGUGCGGCAGGGCAGGGACACCGAGUGGUCAAGCGAGCAGAAGCGUGGCGAGACUGCCGUUGUGAAUCUCAUUCCGGAAUCCGUCGAGUGGCUGAACACGGCCCUGGGGCUGUUCUGGGGAUUGAUCAACCCGGAGAUGUUCGCCGCCGUCGCUGAUACACUGGAAGAUGUAAUGCAAGCCAGUGUCCCCGGCGUCGUGGAGAAUGUCAAGGUCAACGACAUCUCUCAAGGAAACAACCCUCUCCGGAUCCUGAGUUUGCGAGCCCUACCGGAUGACCAAGUCAAGGAUCUCAAGGACGACAUCCGCAAGAAUGACGAGAAGACAAAGGACCCUCAGGAGCUCGCUGCAGACGAAGAGGGCGGCGACUUUUACAACCUCGAGGCCACCAUCGCCUAUCACGCCCUGCCCUCCGGCAGUGAUGUCUCCUCCAAGGCUCGCAACAUGGGCAUGCAGCUCGUCUUCUACCUCGGCGUCAAGGGCCUUUUCGGCGUCCCCUUCCCCAUCUGGGUAGAGCUCAACGGGCUUGUGUGCACCGCUCGUAUCCGCAUUGCCCUGACACCGGCACCGCCCUUUGUCAAGACCCUGAGCUUCACUCUGAUGGGCCUCCCCAAAGUGGAGGCCAGCUGCAUUCCUCUCGUCGAGAAGGGCGCCAACAUCCUGAACUUGCCCUUGAUCUCCAACUUUGUUAACUGGGCUAUCGCCGCCGCUGCUAGUAUGUACGUGGCGCCCAAGUCGAUGACUCUGGACAUUGGCAAGAUGCUGCAGGGUGACGACAUCCAAAAGGACACCCAGGCACUGGGCGUGCUCUUCAUCCGCAUCCACAAGGCCACUGGGCUCAGCAAGCAGGAUCAUCGUGGCAGCAAGGGUGGUGGCUCCGAUCCAUACAUCUGCAUCGCCUUCUCCAAGUUUGGCAAGCCUCAGUAUUGCACCCGUGUGAUACAGGACGACCUCAACCCUAUUUUCUCCGAAUGUGCCCAGCUGCUGGUUACCUCGGACAUCAUCAAGGCCGACGAGCAGCUCUCUCUCGAGCUCUGGGACAGCGAUCGAUCUUCCGCUGACGACGUUGUUGGCAAGGUCGAACUGAGCAUCCAGAAGCUGAUUCAGCAUCCUGGAAAGAUGUUCCCGCAGAUCUCCAGUCUGCGUGGUGUCAAGGCAGACAGUACAAUGCCGGGUGAGCUACACUGGGAGGUUGGCUUCUUUGGCAAGACGCAGUUCCGUAAGGCGCUUAGAACCGAUGGCAAAGACCCCAACCUUCCCAAGGAGCUGCAGGAUAAGAAGGAGCUGCAGGACGAGAGGGGCGCCCUCGACACCGCCGAGGAGGAUGCCGUCGUGCACACCCCCCCGGAUCCGCUCUGGCCUAGCGGAGUUCUCGCCGUUGUCGUCCACCAGAUUGUCAACCUGGAGCUGGAGAACAUCAAGGGAUCCAACGGGAAGAGGAAAGGAAGGGAGUACGAGCCUGCCAGACCCGAGGCCGGCGAACUCAAGGAGGAGCAGGGUAAGAAGCUGCCAAGCUCGUACUGCACAAUUCUUGUCAACGAUGAGCUCGUGUACAAGACUCGUACCAAGGUCGUCUCGUCUAAACCCAUCUUCGAGGCGGGCACUGAGCGCUUUAUUCGUGAUUGGCGAUCCACAAUCGUCACCGUCACCGUCCGGGAUUCUCGCAACAGGCAGCAUGAUCCUAUCAUCGGUGUCGUGCCUCUCCGCCUCUCCGAUAUCCUUUUGACGAGCAGCCAGAGUACCCGCUGGUACCCCCUCGAUGGCGGUAUUGGGUUUGGCCGCAUCCGCAUCAGUGUUUUAUUCAGGUCCAUUGAGCUCAAGCUCCCCCCCACACAGCUUGGCUUCGGCGAGAUUGGUACCUUUGAAUUCCUGUCUGACACCAUCUCUUCGGUCAACUGGGCACCCUCCUCGAGGGUCAAGCUCCGUCUGCGCACAGGAGGCAGCUCUGCCACCGUCAAGAGCGAUCAGUGCUCCAAGGCAGACAACGGCGGUCUCGAAUGGGACAUUUCCGGCAGGGACAACAAGUCUGAGAGAGUCCGCCUGCCGGUUCGUUAUCGCUACCGCUCUCCCGUCUUCUUCGAGUUCCACCAAUCUGGCAAGCGCAACACCAACAUCUUUGCCGUUGUCUGGUUGCAAGACGUUUGCGACAACGAGGAGAAAGAAUUUGACCUCCCUAUCUGGCAGUGCGACAACGGGCUGCGGCUCUCGCAGAACUACAUCACAGAGGACAACUACAAGUCCGUUCCUGAUAUUGACAUCAAGGAGCUUGGGCGUCUCAAGUUUAGGGGUCGCUUCAAGCCCGGCACCGACCGGGACCACCUCAAGUUCGUGAGCGACAACGACUCGCGCGAGACGAUUGAGACCUGGGAGGCAUGCUACACGGAGGGCGUGCGCACCGAGGAGGUUCGCGGCGAGGUUCCGCCCUCCAUCCAGAAGCUGCACGACGCCUCAUUGACCCAGGGACGCGACGUCCUGGCCACGGCCCACGAGGAGGACAAGCGCAAGUGGCUGUCCAAGGAUGGUACUGAUUGGAGCGGUGCCUUUGGCAAGGACCCUUCGGAGAUGAUGGGCCGUGGUGGACCCAACUACAAUACGACUGAUGACUCCGCCGAUGAUGAUGAUCAGUACGCAACAGAACCCGACGAUGACUCGGGCGAUCCGGACCUGGGGAUUCAGGACGCGCAGACAAACAGUACUGGUGCCAGUGCGAACCGUGACAAGUCGCAGGACCACACAGACGCCUUGGCGACUCGCCCAUCCACUGACACGGCGGGCACUUCCGGGAGUGCCGGGUCCGGGAGCAGCAAGAACCCUUUCAAGCAGUACAAGGAUUACAAGGACCGGAGCCGAGACCUGCAUCGAAAGCAUAGAGGUCUCAUGCAGUGGCGACCCAUGCGCAAUGCCGCAUUCGCUAAGGACGAGGCCACCUUUGCCGUGCGCCGGGUGACGAAGCUCGGUGCCCUGGACGGUCGGAAGCCGGACGUGGAGACGGAGGUAGGACCCCGACUUUGGGUUGAUAAGCAAAUGUACACUGCUCAAUCACCCGCCCAAGCAGGAAACAUGUCUUCCUCGACAGAGUCAAGAAACCUCGUGGCACAGCAGCAGACGACUUGGCAUCUGGUGCUCGUAUCGAGGGGCACAUGCCGGCUACUGCAGGACGAGUACAUCCUCGACAGGCCUACACGCAGGUACACCGGUGGCGGUGACGGGAAUGCCCGCUUCGUUACUCGGCGAUCACGAGCGGCUCGAGGAGGCGAGGACGCGACAUUACAUACUUGUGCGGCUACAGGGCUCGGUGCAGUUCCUGAUCGUCCGGUCGAACAGUUUCAGUCAGACUCACAGAGCCGAGGCUGCGCCUCCAAGAACGAAAGAUACGAAACCCAACCAAAAGGACUGAGCGGUUUUACGACCGAGAUACGAGUCUCGCCUCCAAGUAGGACAUAUCUUGCCUCGUCCCAGUAA